UUCGAUCACCCGUCCAAGAGUGUUUGAAAGGGAGCUGGCAGCAGAGAGGCAUUCGAGGGCUUGAGGAACACAUACCAGAUUUCCGUCGUUACUCCACAUCGGUGCCCGGACCAUGGUUGCCCCGCACCAGGCGAUGCAACCCUUUCAGCAGCCCCGGGGACAUCCCCAGUUCCAACCGAUGCAGACGAUGCAAAACUCACCGUUAUUCCAGCAAUCCCAGUCACAGCAACCGCUGCACGCUCAGCCGCCACAGCAGUCGCAGGCUCAGCAGCUACAGCACGCUCAGGUAUCGCCACAGUCGCAGCCAUUACAACACUCUCAACAGCCGCAGUCCACCCAGUCCUCUCAGCAGCCGCAGCUGUACCAGCAGCCUCAACCGGCCCAACAGGCUCAGCAGCACACGCCCGAGCAAGUCCACUCGCAAAUCCAGAUACCAUCAAGUGUCGAUCCCGGUCAAUCACGACCCAACAACGGGUAUUUCCUAGGAGAAAUUGAUCCCCUAGACUAUGUUCAACAAUCAUCGUCAGCUGCAAUAAUUUUACUGGAAAAUCUCGGGCGAGUUGUGGAACAACAACACCAAGAAUCGUCAGAGGAGUCUAGAAUACUGAGUGGCAGAAUCGCAGAGGUGGAUCUCAAGUCGGCGAAGAAUGUGGCGACGGUUCUUAAGGCCAUUCACAAGUUCUCCAUGGCACCACAGCCCAACCCAGAGAACAGUUUGGGCAGUGCAGACCAUUCAGAUUCAGGCGUCAAUGACAUAUCCGUAAAUGUCAUGCCGGAGUACUCGCCAGCUGCAAUACCAUCUGACGAUACUCUACCUCAAACAUCAUCAACUACGAACGAGCAAAGAAGAUCAGAUCGACGACGUGACGGCAUGGCAGGAAAAGGCGCGGGCCGGACUCAGACAGAUGCAAGAAAAAGGAAAAAGCAAUUGCAGAGGCUUCAUCUAAUGGUGUGUUUGAAUCAAAGGAGGUUACCUCUGAUGAACUCAUUUUAGUCGUAUCAAAGAGAGAUCGCACUGGUAUUGAAAAGGGUCAACAUGAGGGGAGCGCUGCUUUCAGCCCUCGUCGGUGAAUGCUCUGAAAAGCUGGCGUCUAUCAGAAUUUGCUCUGCGCCACUCUUGUUCUAACCCCUGUCAUCGCCACCGGCAACUACCCAAUCGCAUAGCUAGGCAGGUCCCGACAGUUCGCUGGAUCCUGCUUGGCCCGGGCGCGUCAUACAUGUGUCAAGGCACCAACCCCCUGGACCUAGCUACCUGCAGUAGCCUUCAAAAAGUC